CGGCCAGCAAAUUGCGAGAAUCCCCCGCUUUUUCUCGAAAUGGCUGCUCAAAACCGCGCAGGGAGCAGCCGGACGUCGAACUACGACCAGGAAGCCGGACAUCGUUCGGCCGCCAAGAGGCUGCAGCAGGAGCUCAUGACUCUGAUGACGUCCGGCGACAAGGGCAUCUCGGCCUUCCCAGAGGGCGACAACCUCUUCCGCUGGAAAGCCACCAUCGAGGGUCCGCCGGGAACGGUGUUCGAGAAUUCGGUCUACAAGCUGAGGCUGGCGUUCCCCAGCAACUAUCCGUACAGGGGCCCCCGGGUGUCCUUCGAGACGCAGUGCUUCCACCCGAACGUGGACGCCCAGGGCAACAUCUGCGUCGACAUCCUGCAGAAGCACUGGUCGGCGCUUCUGGACGUCCGCACGGUGCUACUCUCGAUCCAGUCCCUGCUCGGCGAGCCCAACGUGGCCAGCCCGCUGAACCCCUAUGCCGCGUCCAUUUGGAACGACAAGGAAGAGUACCAGAAGGCGCGACAGCUGUUCGAGAUGCCACCUGACGAAGAAAACAGGCCGCAGAAGUCGACGGCCAAAAAAUAGCGUGCCGGUUGGUGGUCCUUGUGUGUGGGACGGAGCGAGCCACGAGGUCGCGCGAGUUCAGCUUAUGUCCCUUUUUUUCCCCGUGAGGAAAUGUUUAUGGAAAUGUUUUUUCCAUAAACAUUUCGGGCUUAUAUCGCGUUAGUUUGACAAAUAAUGGUUGCCGUAUUCUGUCCUGCAGUAUUCUGCACUGCAGUAUUCUGUACUGUACCUCCUUCUAAAGCUGGCCUGCUGAAAACCCAAAACAACAUCGAAAACCAUUCCCGUCAGUCUAUUCUCGUUAAGUAACAGGCUGUUUCCAGUGUUUAGAGAUUAGGCUUCACGAUACUGCAGCGUAGGCGCUUUCAUGCAGCGGCACAUUUAAGUAUGUUUGCCGUCCCCACAGCAUCCCUUUUAACCCCGCGUGGAACUGGCGUGUCUUCUAUAAACUCCCAGGUCUAGCUAUUGUCGUUGUUCUCAAAUUAUUAUUAUUGGCUCCGCGAGGGUAAACUCCGUGCGCAGGCAGGACGUAAGCUGAAUUCGCGGACUCAUCGCCCGGCCCAUCCCAUACAAGUGAACACCGAGUCAAGUCCCUGUGGCAUCGUUUCAUCUUUAGUGAAUGUGUUUGUCCUGAUUGAAGGAGAGUGACUUGGGAGUGUCUUCAGCAUUGAAAAGUUAAAGGAGCGUUCAGACACGAAGAUGUGGACAAACUGUGUGCUUUGCGCGGUUGCCUUGGUCAGAAAAGAGUGCUUGAAAAGCAGUUUCGACUAGCGUCCGAGAACUGACGUAAUUUGCCAGCGUUCUCUUCAAUCCAACUGCUUUGUUGUCACUUUGCCAUUUCGUCACGUUAGGAAACCUCUGAGCGGCUGCGGAAAUUGAAGUGACCGAACCAUCACGUGUGCAAGCCGUUAACCCACACGCUAUUUCAUUGGAUGGGAAAGUUUUCAAACAGAGCAGUUUAUUACAUAGCGCAUGUGUUUCCUUCAAGGAACCCUUUUUUGCGGUCACUCAUUGCAAAGCCUAACGGAUUUGCAGAAGCAACAUGCUUCGGAUCUUAGCAACUGAACCGAAGUUCUACACACGCGCUGGAACAAUCACAAAACGCUCACCAGUGUAAAAUGAAAGAGGUGACUGUGUCUAGGAACGUGACUAACUCGGAAGUGUUCCAUCCUUGCCGUUGAAGAACUGAGGACAGAGCCACACAGCAUGUACACAGUGUCUCGGCGUGCAUGCUUGCUAGCAAUUAACAUGUUGUUCGUGCACCCCUAAGAACCAUCUUUGUUCCCGCGUCAGUAAACACAACUUUUCAAUAAACGCUCCCGACAUUUUCUG